AGCAGCAGCUAUGGGGCUUGCAGUUAUCAUCGGAUUUAUCGGUGGUUUAGUGGCCAUGUUCCUGAUGAACAGCAACACAGCAGUGAUUGAAUUUGCAAGAAACCUGACUGCCUCAUGGCCCACACUGUCUGCGCUGGCUGACACGUCGAACGGAUUCCAAGGAUUGAUAUACAUUAUCAUUUUCAGUUUGGCAUGUUGUACCUCGAUUGUGACAAAGAGCCUGAAAAAUAGAUGCAGAGGAAAUGGUUUACCAAGUCCGCAGCAACAGACCAGACCGUCUGAAGGCCCAGAAAAUGUCGAACAACCCAUACCAAGACGAUCAAGCACCGCCAAAGAAGCUGCUCAGCUGUGCAAAGAGGCGUUGAAAACAUUGUACAAAACCACAGGUAGUUUUGUUCAACUGAUCCCGUGGGCCGAUGAUGACAAGAAGCAUAUAAUGGACAUUUACACCGACCUAGAGUUAGAAAGCACUUAUGGCAAGAAAGAAAUGGUGGAUUCUUAUGAGGAUAUCCUUCACCGUAAAACAAAAGAAGGAGAUCCAAUCAAACGGAUAAUUUGUAAGGGUCUGCCUGGGUACGGAAAAUCUACACUUCUGGACAAAAUUGCAUAUGACUGGGCGGUCGGCUCCGUCCAAGCACUUCUGAAAUACGAACUUGUGAUUGUUUUGAAAAUGGGGGCACUGCAACAGCAUUCCGACCUUGUCGAUGCAAUCUUUGAUCAGUUGCUGGAUGAAGACACACCUGUAAAUAGAUCUGCUCUAAAAUCUUUUAUUAACAGCAACCCUGACAAGUUGCUGAUACUUUUGGAUGGUUUUGACGAAUUUUUAACCAUCGACCUCGUUGAGACCUCUUUCGGAUCUAUCCUGAAAAUGCUCAAUCGGAAAGAGACAAGAGAGUGUUGCGCUGUUGUCACCACUCGCCCCUCUCACUUCCACAAAUUGGUGAGCAGAUCCUUGAUUGAAAACCCUUUCACCCAUGUAAAUGUUUUGGGGUUCAACAACGAAAGUGUCCAAAAGUAUGCGAACAAGUUUUACUCGGAAAAUCCCGAUGAUGCACAUGAGCUAUUAAACACCAUUCAGUCUACUGAUGUUUUGUAUGAAUUGGCGAGGAGUCCCAUGUUGGUGCUUCUCAUGUGCUUACUGUGGAGAGACGAUUCGAAACUCCCAGACACACUGACCCGCCUUUAUGAGAAAGCACUGAGAUACAUAUUCCGAAGAAAAUCUAAAGAUUUGUCGGACAACGAGAUAUCACAAACCGUGGUCCAACUCGGAAAGAUUGCAUUGGAAGGUCUGCUUUAUCCAAAGCAGAUGCUAUCGUUUCGGGAAAGGGCAUUUGAGGGGGUUUUGCUCGAUGUGGCCUUAAAAGUUGGCCUCCUGACAAAACAGAGAGUCUUAAAAGUGUUUGACGCACACAACACUGUUCAGUUCAUACAUAAAACUUUCCAGGAGUUCUGUGGGGCGAAAUAUCUGCAGCACUUGUUAAAAGUCGAUUAUAAGGAAUUUCAGAAGAUCUUAAAGGAAAUCCAAAGCAAAGUCACUGAGAAUCCCGAAGAUUUUGAUUACCUUUUAAGAUUUGGUUGUGGUGAUCAUGCGAGUUGUACAGGUGAAAUUCUGAAUAUUUUUCGGGAAAACGCUUAUCAUGCACUUAACUAUUGCUUUGAGUGUCAGGCAAACACAUUGUUAUUUGAGGAUUUCAUUGCUUCAGUUUUUCGAAAAUGUAUAUUGCUUAGACCGAAAAUGAAAAGACUUUGUCAUUCCUUUUUUUGGCUUUUGAAACGAGUUGCUGAUGACGGCAGCACGUCUUACCUUACCAAUGUACAAGAUCUAAGUAUAAUGGAUUGGGAUGUGCACAGGUAUGCUGAUGAGUUACGAUGUGGUUUGCGCAAACUAACUCAACUUCAAGGUCUCCAUCUGGAAUAUAAUUCCUUAACUGGAAGCAAUAUGAAUGUGAUUGCUCAAUCGUUCAAACACCUUGGAAAUUUGACUCGACUUCAUAUUGAUUACAACCCGGCUUUGCGUGGGUCAUUUACGGCAUGGACACCUGAUUUACAAGUCUUGAAAAACCUUAGGACACUUACAUUUAAAAAUUGCGGUUUGGAUGGUCGAGAUGUAAUAAGCAUGGCGACAAUAUGUGGGAAAAUGCGAAACAUCGAUUUGUGUACGGCAAACACUGGCCCAGAUUAUCAUAUUGUAAAAUCGAUGAAAAUGUUGUCGGAUACGGACAGUCCUAACGACAAAUCGCUUAUGUUGCAAGGAUGUCCAUUGGCGGGUGAUGCUCUGGUUGAAAUGUUUGAGUCAUUGGGUGGCAGGGGCGACAUAGUUGAAGUUCUUUUUAUGGACAAUGGAGACGCCACCGCAGACACACAGCUAUGGGCUCCUAACUUAAAGACUUUAAAGCAAGUGCGACAAUUGAGCCUGACAAAUUUGAACUUGCAAAGUGCAGACAUGAAACACAUCUCUUCAGCGGUCGGUGAUUUGCCCACUCUGGCUACGCUGAUUCUCAACGCCAAUAAAUCCUUGGGAGGAUGCGUGAAAUUGUGGGCAACCGAUUUACAGAAAUUAAGGUUCGUCAAGAUGCUUGAGUUGAGUGAUUGUUCCCUGACGCGACAAGACAUACCCCACAUUGUUGAGUCAUUGAGCACUUUGCCCUGUCUUGAAACGUUAGACGUCCACGACAAUGACCUUCGCGGCUGCACACUCAUUGACUGGAGCAGACUUACCAACCUGAAAAUGCUCAUCUUGCCUUGGAACUUAAGAACCGAUGUUAGUGAGAUACAGCGACAUAUGCCAAACACAUGUGUUACCUCCAGCGAUUAGGAGGUAAAUGCCACAAUUCGUACCUUGAGAACCAACAUAAAAUAUGUCACAAAAUUCUGUUGUACCCAACCAAACCAUAUCAACCCUGCCCAAACCCCCAUCCCACCUAAAUCCACCCCACCCAACGCCCAACCCCACCCCAAUGACGAUCAUUGAAAGCCAUUGGAAAAAAAACAGAACGAAGAGUUUUUGCCAUCGUGUUUAUAACAAAUUAAUUAACUUAACCAAUUUAAGCCCUUUCGCUAUAUAUCUUCACUUUCAGGAUUUAUUUUUGAAACUUUGAUCAUAAUGAACAGUUCUUUCUUAUUUUCAUGAUUUUUUGGCAAGGAACAAAAGCAAAUGCGAUUUAUGCUUGCUGGUCAUUCUUCUUUUAUCGUUACUUGCAUGACGUAAUUUUUUUCAUCAAUCAAUAUUUUGAAAUUGUCCAUAUAUUCAUUGAUGAAUUUUUCAAUCAAAGGCCAGCAAGCCCAUACAGUCAUAAGUGUACGUAACUUUGCAGUAACGGCACUGAACAGUUACACCUCAGAAAAUAUAGCUGAAAAUGUUAGAUUCUGGUUUUAUAUAUUUCUGUUUAAAUGGAAUGUACAACAUUUGCUUUUGAUGCAAUUUUCAGAAAUAAAUGGAUUUGGAGGAUUACUACGU